CAUAACCUUAAAAAGUUAAGACGUUCAGUUUUUUCAAACAAGAUUUGUUUGAAUUUCUAUUGCAAUUCACGAUAAACUCACUGUUUACAAUUCUCAUUUCUCAAACGACAAACAGUCAAAUGGCUACGAAAUAACAAUAAUGACAUGUAGCACCUCCUAUUCACUUUAUAGUAUAUUAUUAUUAUUAUAUUCGCGGUUUAAGUGACCAGUCUCCGUGAGUGUCUACAGUACUUACCAUUAAAUAUCAAUCACCGGUUAACGUUAUGAUCUCGGGACUAAGAUAUCUCUAGGCAUUACAUUGAACUGAAAUAUUAUUUUAUCAAACUCGCCUGUAAUGAACAAUACUGUACUCAAUAUGGAUGACUCUAGAUUUAAUGGUGCAGUUACCAAACUUAAUACACCAUUUGAUGUGUAUAAAUUGGACUGUAGGGAUAUGAUAUCAAAUGCCGAGGCGUUUAAAUUACGUGAGGCGUUACUAACAAUGACGUUUAAAAAAAAAUCAUGUGAUCUAUAUUCGUUUUCUCAGUCACCGGAUUUCAUUCGCUCCACAAAACUUAAAAAGCCUAAGGAAGUGGAACAGUUUUUAGUUUUGUUGGAAACAUUGAAACAAAAUAUAGCUACUUACUUAGGCAAAACGUUUAAUGAUACGAUUAGUGCAUCUUGUUCUAAAUAUGACCGCGGAGAUUACUUACUUUGCCAUGAUGAUCGUGUCGACGAUAGGUCUGUGGCAUUCAUAUACUAUUUAAAUUAUGAUUGGCUUCCUGAAUGGGGUGGCACAUUAGAUAUUUAUUCGGUUGAUGACACAAAUUCUGCCACAGAAAUCGUAGAAAAUAUUAACCCAGAUUUCAAUACUAUGAUUUUUUUCCCAGUUGAAAAAUAUACUUAUCACCAGGUGGCUGAAAACGUAUCUACCUUUGCUCGUAUUUCCAUUAACGGUUGGUUCCACUGUGACGAACUUUCUUGGAAAAUGUAUAACCAGGCACACAAAUUUCAUUCUCCAAUGUUUACACCACAUUCUGUUUCUUCUGUUAGGUGUGAUGAUAUCACCAAAAAAUGCAUUGAAUCAAUAUUUGAGAGACCCUUGUUUAGAGAAGCUAUUAAAGAAACAUUCAAGAAAGACGGGUUCAUAAUGUGCGAAGGAUUCUUCACACAGAACAUGGUAGACUAUUUAUCUAAUGAUAUAUUUUCCAAUGACAUGAAUUGGAAAAUCAGUGGACCUUUAAACAAAAGGCAUUAUAAAUGUAUUGAUUUAAAAGAUCUGCCUGCCUCAGUUUUAUCUGUUGUUAAUUUGUUAAAGACUGAACGCAUGUUUCAAUUUUUUAAAGAUUGCACAGGUCUGGAAUUUCUUGCUGUAAAUAUUGAAGUGCAGAGAUGGCAUGGUGGACACUAUUUGGUAUCCGGUGGAAACUAUGGUCUUGGAGGUUUUAAUGUAUUAAGUGUAUAUUUAUUCUUUAGUAAAUGUUUUGGUAAAAUGUCAGAUACCAAUAAAGACGAUUUACAUUAUGUAUUUGAACUAAAAAAUACAUCAACACCGAAAUUUGCAUGUAUGCCCCAGCACAACACUAUUUUUAUGGUUAAUCGAGAUUCCAAUAUGGAUUCGUAUGUUCAAUAUUGUAAAAUAGUUGAUGGUCAUGCGUGGACUGUAGUUGUUGCUAAUUAUGUGAUUAAAAAAGAUUUCGAUUGUAAAUUGGCAAUACACAAGGUAGACUAAGUUUAUAGAUUAACUUUGGUCCUAUUUUGUUUUUUAAUGUUGACGUUAUUACUACACUUAUUCAACAAUUAUUUUCCUAUUCUAAUGUGCUUAAUAAGAUUUUUUUUUAAAUGU